AUGGCUCCCUCUCAAGCACCCAAGUACCUCACCGGCAACGGGAACGCCAUCGGCGAGUUUCUCGACAGAUUUGAUACUUUCCUGCUAGACUGCGAUGGAGUCCUCUGGUCUGGUGAUCACCUCUUCGAUGGAAUCGCUGAGACAAUAGAGCUGCUGCGAUCCAAAGGCAAGCGGACCGUCUUCGUGACGAACAACUCGACAAAGUCGCGCGCCGAGUACCUGAAGAAAUUCGAGUCCAAGGGCAUCCCGGGGUCCGUGGACGACGUCUUCGGCUCGGCCUACUCGGCCGCCAUCUACGUCAGCCGCAUCCUGGCACUGCCGGCGCCGCGGAACAAGGUGUUCGUGCUGGGCGAGGCGGGCAUCGAGACGGAGCUGCGGUCCGAGGGCGUCGCCUUCGUGGGCGGCACGGACCCGGCGUUCCGGCGCGACAUCACCGAGGCCGACUUCGCGGGGCUGGCCGACGGGUCACUGCUGGACCCGUAUGUGGGCGUCGUGCUGGCCGGGCUGGACUUCCACGUCAACUACCUCAAGCUGGCCACGGCGUACCAGUACAUCGCGCGCGGGGCGCGGUUCCUGGCCACCAACACGGACAGCACUCUGCCCAUGAACCACAGCUUCUUCCCCGGCGCCGGCUCCGUGCUCGUGCCCCUGAGCAACAUGACCAAGCAGCAGCCGCUGGCGUUGGGCAAGCCGAGCCAGGCGAUGAUGGACGCGGUGGAGGGCAAAUUCCACUUGGACCGGGCCAGGACGUGCAUGAUCGGGGACCGGCUGGACACGGACAUCAGGUUCGGCAUCGAGGGAAAACUCGGCGGGACGCUGGCGGUGCUCACGGGCGUGAGCAAGAAGGCGGACUGGGAGGCAGAGGGCGCGGUGGCCGUGCCGGCCUACUACGUGGACAAGCUGAGUGAUCUGGCCCAGGGAGGCCUCUAG